CUCCAAUAGAGAGGAAGCUGUUCCAAGACACUGGCAGUCAAUGCAACAUCAUUCCCACCCCAAAGAAAGAGGUAUCACCUCCACCAUCAUCAUCAUCAUCUCCAUCUCCACCUUCAUCACCAGGAUAUCAUCCACCUUCGUCACCUGACCUUUCAUCAUCAGAAGGUGACUACCAGAGGAACAGUGAGCCGGAUAUGGAUGAGCCUGUCACACCCAUCCACAAGGAGAAGAAGUUUAUUGUCUUCAUAACUUGCCUCACGAGGUUGCUCAGCUGGUGCCACUGCCCCGACUGUGGUUCAGUUGACAUUUCCACAUGCAACAAUGUCAUUGGCUCACUCCUAGUCAUUACGUUGUCAUGUGCAUCUUGCUUCAAGAAAGUGACAUGGAACAGCCAACCCUACAUCGGCAGCACACCAGCGGGCAACAUUCUCUUGUCCGCUUCAAUUUUGUUGGCAGGUGCCACUGCAGGAAAGGUUCUGCGGGUUAUGAGAACCAUGGCAUUGGCGACCAUAUCUUCACGGACAUAUUUCCGGCACCAGAGAAGUGUUUUGUUGCCAGUUGUCCAGCGAGUAUGGAACAUGAGACAGACAUUCUUGCUUGGCACAUUUCAGGCAGAGGGAAGAGACCUGGUCCUGGGAGGUGAUGGCCGGGCCGAUAGCCCGGGACAUUGUGCAACAUUUGGGAGUUACACCAUGUUGGAGCUGCAUGCCAAUGUAGUAAUAGAUGUUCAGCUAGUUCAGAGCAAUGAAUGUGGUGGUAGCUACCAUAUGGAGAAAACUGGGUUGGAGCGCUCCCUGGCUCAUCUUGAGCGGCAUGGACUUGCAGUGGGCACGAUGGUCACCGACCGACACGGGCAAAUAGCCAAGUGGCUCAGAGAGACCUACCCCCACAUUGAGCACCUCUAUGAUAUCUGGCAUGUAGCAAAAGGAUUUUCCAAAAAACUGCUUGCGGCGUCCAAUGAGCGGGAGUGUCAGGUGCUUCGCCCAUGGAUAAAGAGUGUGAGCAACCAUAUGUACUGGUGUGCGGUGUCGACCCCUUCUGGUCAAGGAGCCCAGAUUGUUGCAAAAUGGGAGUCGGUUGUGUCUCAUGUACAGAACGUACACACAGGCCAUGGAGACCUAUUCCCGUCAUGCAUCCAUGGCAGGCUGGAGGGGAGGGAGUCCCACAAGAAAUGGCUGGAACCAUCAUCCAAGGCAGCAGUCAAAUUGGAGACGCUGGUGUGCAACAAAACCCUGUGUAACGACAUUUUGAAGCUAUCUGGGGGCUCCCAAACAUCAGCAGUGGAGGGAUUCCACAGCCUCCUUAUCCAGUUUGCGCCGAAGAUGUAUGUCUUCUCCUACACAGGAAUGCUUUGUCGGAUACUGAUUGCAGCCCUCCACUUCAAUGAAAAUGCCAACCGGGUACAAGGCGUGACAAAGCCUGGGGAAGCCAUGUAUAGCAUCAAGUACCCAAAGGGUAGAAAGGGAGCAGCAGUACUUCGCAGAGUGUUGGAAAGUCCAACCUAUGAAUAUGCCCAAGAACUCCUGGCAGAAGGAGUGCACAGACAAGGAGAAUGUUGAGGCAGAGUUCGCAGUGGAACCAGUGAUUGUGCCACCCCCACUUUGUGCCGAGUUCCCACAUCCCGAGAAAGCAGACUUUGUGAAGCAACACCUAAGUCGCUUCAAGAAAUAAACGAGGUUCAUCAGGUUCUGGCUGUGGCUCUUGAAAUCCCUGGUAGUCGGGUGAUGGGAAGGUAUCACGGAUCUUCACCACGACACAGGCAGGCAGUGGUACCCUGAUUUGCUUGCCGAGGUAUCCCCAGCACCAUCGUACCAAUUGGCGGUAGGCAGUGUAGCGUCGACGUCUGUAGGGAAAAACAUAGGGAGAGUGAGUUAUUAGUUUUAAUAUGCAUUACAUUACGAAGUGUAAGAUGUUCAUAUCUGUAAAAUAGUUUUGUGAUGAGUGUUACGUGCCGUAGUGGGUGCUGGUGUGUGUGUGUGUGUGUGUGUGUUUCUCUCUCUCCCUGAUUGUCUCCAGGUGCAGCCUCUCCCCCAGGUGCUCCCAAUCACCAAUCAGGACCUCCAUAAAGGACCUGAGGAAGGCUGCAGUGGCCCGCUCCCCUUCUCCUCUGGCUGCAUGUGUGCAGCAUGGUGUCUGUCUCUGUGUGAGGCCUAGUUGAAUGUGUGUGUUGCUCAUUGUUAGGAGAUGUGCUCCAGUGUACCUUGUUUAAUGUAGUCACUUUCUGUUUAAAGAAAGUUGUUAUAGUUUAUUUUGCAAGUUGGCUGGUGAGCCCUUUCUCUUUGUUUAAUUAAAAGUCCAUCUUGUGGCUUCACAAA